AAACUCAAAAGUUUCCGAAAUUUUAGGUUAAAUUUUAGAACAAUUAUUUAUUUGGAAUAAUUAAUUCGUCAUUUCCACCAAUAAAAUAUUAUAAUGAAUGAAGAGUAUCAUAGAAAAGUGUCCGAAUUUAAAAAGAAGCUAAAAAGCUAUGAAAAUUAUCCAAAACCUGGAAUAUUAUUUUGGGACAUAUUCGCAGCUUUAUCAGAUGGGCCAACAUGCAAAUUACUACAGAGUAUAAUAAUGGAAGUAGUAAAAACGAAGUUUCCUGACGUCCAGGCUGUGAUCGGCUUAGAGUCUCGUGGUUUCCUAUUUUCGUUCUCUCUCGCCGCUGAAUUAGGUAUCGGAUGCAUACCGGCGAGGAAAAAGGGUAAACUACCAGGAGAAGUCAUCUCCUACAAAUAUGAUUUGGAAUAUGGAUCAGAUAUUUUAGAGAUUCAAAAGGAUGUCAUACGUCCUGGACUAAAAUGCCUCAUCGUUGAUGACUUAAUAGCCACUGGAGGAUCUAUCACAGCCGCAGCUAAACUACUCCAGAGCUGUGGGGCUCAAGUUGUAGGAUGUCUAGUUGUUAUGGAGAUUGAAGCUAUAAAAGGAAAGGAUAACAUUCCUGAAAACAUUCCAGUACAUUCAUUGAUUCAACUUUAAAUGUUCUUCAAAUUCCAACCUAAAAAAUUGAACUAAGUUUAUAAAUUAUUGUUUGUAACUCUCUUCUAUUGCUCAAUGUCUUAUUUUUGCGAUAAGUAAUGAUUUAUAAUUUUGUAAUAGUUUUACAAUGCUUUUUAGACAGAGCAAAACUUUUAGAAUAUUAUAUUAAAGCAAAGGUAGAUUUGAAAUCUACAAGGCCAUGAUUAUUUACCAGACUCUAAAGCAGUGGUCCCCAACCAUUUUUUUAUACGGGCCACAAACAUGU